AGACUACAUGUAUGGACUACAAACAAAACUUCUUUCCAGUGUAAACAGAAAUAAACUUCAAUAUAUUGUUAUUAAUUUGAACAGACUUUUCCAUACGAGCUCAGAACCUAAAUAAAUGCUCUCUGGCUGUUUACACAGUUAACAUUCUGUAUUAAUAUCUCUUCUAAAUUUCUUCAUAUAAACAUUGACUGGGUCGACACGAUGAAUUAUCAGAAGUGAUCUUUAUCUGCUGUUUCUGCUGUCAGUGUUGAGUGGAACAGGUCAUAUCCUGUCUCUCUAAAACUCCUCCCAUUAAGGAAGUACAGAGUCCGAGACGACUGCAGUCCUUUUGCAGUGUUCUGCUCUGGUGAGUUUAGUUUUAUUCUCGGUUUAUGGAGAAUUCUGAGUCUCAUUUUCAGCUCUGUGAAAGGAAGUGAUUACUAACUGGACCUGCAAAGUCGUAUAUUAACUUUAAACAAACCUGAAAUCAGGGUGUGAUUACUUUUGAUCAAAGUGAAAGUGAAUCUGAACAUUCGGACCGGAGAGAACAACAGCAGCAGCAGAAUAAAAUGGCUUCUAAGUUUUCAGAGGAGGAGUUCUCUUGUCCUGUGUGCUGUGAAAUCUUCACGGAUCCUGUUCUCCUGCGCUGCAGUCACAGUGUGUGUAAAGUGUGUUUGCAGAAGUUCUGGGAGACCAAAGGAUCCAGAGAAUGUCCUGUUUGUAGGAGGAAGUCGUCUAUGGAGGAUCCUCCCAGAAAUCUGGCCUUAAAGAACCUGUGUGAGACUUUCUUACAGGAGAGAAGUCCGAGAUCUUCAUCAGCGUCUGAAACAGUCUGCAGUCUGCACCGUGAGAAACUCAAACUCUUCUGUCUGGAUGAUCAACAGCCGGUGUGUUGGGUGUGUCGGGAUUCAAAAAUACACACCAACCAUAAAUUCUGCCCCAUUGAUGAGGCAUUAACAGACUGUAAGGAGGAGCUGAAAACUGCUCUGAAGCCCCUACAGGAGAAACUGAAGAUCUUUAAAGACUGUAAACUGCACUGGAGUCAGACUGCAGAACAUAUAAAGAUUCAGGCCCAACACACAGAGCGGCAGAUUAAGGAGGAGUUUGAGAAGCUUCACCAGGUUCUACGAGAUGAAGAGGCAGCCAGGAUAGCUGCACUGAGAGAGGAAGAGGAGCAGAAGAGUCAGACGAUGAAGGAGAAGAUUGAGAAGCUGAGCAGAGACAUAUCAUCUCUUUCAGACACAAUCAGAGGCGUAGAAGAGGAGAUGAGAGCCGAAGACGUCUCGUUCUUACAAAACUACGAGGCCACAGUGAGAAGAGCUCAGUGCACUCUGCAGCAUCCAGAGGAGCUUUCAGGAACACUGAUCCAUGUGGCAAAACAUCUGGACAACCUGAAGUUCAGAGUCUGGGAGAAGAUGCAGGACGUGGUCCAAUACACACCUGUAACUCUGGACCCCAACACUGCUCAUCCUAAUCUCAUUGUAUCUGAUGAUCUGACCAGUGUGAGACGCAGUGAUGAGGAACAGAAGCUUCCUGAUAAUCCAGAGAGAUUUGAUGAUUAUAGUUACUGUAUCCUGGGCUCUGAGGUCUUUAACUCAGGGACACACUGCUGGGACGUUGAAGUAGGAGACUGUACAGUGUGGGAUGUGGGUGUGAUGACAGAAUCUGCUCAGAGGAAGGGAAAGAUAUUCUCCAGAAGUGGAAUCUGGUGUGUGUGGUAUUAUGAUGGUAAAUAUGGAACAUGUUCUACACCACAGCCAGACGCUCUCCUCUCAGUAACACAGAAUCUCCAGAGGAUCAGAGUGCAGCUGGACUGGAACAGAGGAAAGCUGUCGUUCUCUGACCCUCUCACUAACACACACAUACACACUUUCACACACACAUUUACUGAUAAAUUACUGCCAUUUAUAAGAGUUGGUUGUAAUAAAUCUCCUGUAAAGCUCCUCCCACUUCAGUGCUCUGUAAGAGUGAAUCAGAUCAGUUAGAGCUGAUAUUGUUUUAUUCCAAUUCAUUAAUGAAAUAUUGCUGAUGAAAAGAUUCAUGUUCUCUGUGAAAGUCUGUUUUUACUGAACACUUCAUUGUGGAAUUUAUUUUGAAGUGUUAUAUUAUUAUUUCGACUCACCUUAACAAUUACAUCAAAAUAAUGUGAAAACUCAAAAUAAUAAGAUAAUAUCUGGAAUAUUAAUAUAUCUUGAAAUUCCAAGUUAUAUUAUUACAUUUUAUUCCUGAAUUUAAAUCACUGUAAAUAAACUGAGGCUUUGAAGACUGGUGUCUUUACUGUAUUUGUAUUGUUAGCGCUAUGCUGUUAAUCCUGGGUGAAAUGUUUAGCUGGAUGUGUGUGUUGUGUGAAACUGUGCAGUGGAGGAGAAUUCAAAUUGAGCUCUAAGUUUCCCUCCACCAGCAGUUUGUGCUUGUGUAAAGAUCAGAUGGAUCUGUACGUUAAUCCUGCAUUAGGUGCCGAUUCACAAUUUAAAAUGCGAUUCAGAAUGAAAUGAAAUCACUUUGUUCACAGUGAGAAUGUGGGGCGGAUGUGGAAGAGAGAGUGGUGGGGAGAGAGUCAGACAUUAAAGGGGCUAAAAACAACAAUUUUAUAAUAAUACCGUUCUCUAGAGUCAUUUAACCACACGUUCUGUUCAAGUGUCAUGUUAUUCAUCCAUAUUUCCACAGAGAUCAUCCAAGCAUUAAAUCAUCUCCAACCCUCAAAAACACAAAUGACAUCCUGAGGAGAUCCACAACUCCUCUUAAUGUGUGUAUUUAUCAGCAUUUAUCUGAAAGCUACAUUCUGAACUACUACUACACUCAGCACAGAACCUCACAUAUAAAUAAGUUCCCUCUCAUUUAAACUUCUCCAGUGUUGAGUGUCUUCAUCUUUAAUUUACUGCAUACGUACAAAAUACAUUUUAGAAUCCUAACUUCAUUCAUUUAAUAUUCACACAUGGGGGUUUUUAGAGGGAAUAAAAUCCUGUCAGAAGUGGGAUUCGAACCCACGCCUCCAUUUAGAGACCAGAAUCCUCCUUUAACCAGGGAGAAGGUCUGAACCUUGAGUCUGGCGCCUUAGACCGCUCGGCCAUCCUGACACUACAGCUGUGUGUUCCCUCCCUUUUUUCCACCUGUUUACAAACACACUCAUUAGACUUGCUGACCUGAAACAGAGUGAAUACAUCACAGUGCACAAUACUCUGACCUUUGGAGAAAAGGAUUCUGUCCCAGUUUUUAAUAAGAUCUUCAAUAACUACCAUGUCAGCUUUUUAAAUGUUUAGAGAAGAGGGUUAUCACUGCUUGUGUUUUUACAUUUUUUUAAACCAUUUCCAUGGGGUG